AUGUGCCCUUUGAGAUUUAUAUUGGUCUUCUUCUCGGCAAUCUUAGCUGUGUAUUUUGCAUGGAAGACGGCCGUAAGUUCCUCCGAUGAUGACAUCACCACCGGCACCGGCCUAAUUGAUGAUUCAACCGCCCUACACAAGACUUCCACCACUUCGUUACAGAAGCAACACUUUCACAUUCUCAAGAUGAUACAGAAUGGGUUUUGGGUGUUCAUUGAUAUGGCCAGCGGACGAUACCUAUGGAGGAACAUCAAGCAAUUCAACAGCUCUACGCACAUCACCCUAGCUAGCUAG